GGCUGUUUUGUCUAUUCAACAUAUUUUAUUAUUUUAUUUUAGAAUUUAUUUAUCAUUUUUGGACGAGGAGUGAGAGAGGAGGAUUUUGAAAAUGCCAUUUCCAAUUGAGUGAAUUUAAGUAGAGCGGGAAAAUCAACCACCAUUCCCUAAAUCCAAAAGUCAAGCCUACAAGAAAAGAAAAGGUUUGUAUUAAGAUUCUUUCAUAAUUAGGGAUUUUCUUUCUCCUGAGAAUCUCCAAUCAUGGUCAGAACUGUCAAGCGAGAGCGCACCAGUAAUAGUAAUGGAAACCCAGUUGACUCGGAUCGACAACUCAGAGCUGUGAAGCGAGAACAUUUGACUCGGAAUCGAGCUGGCGCCGCCGGAGAUCAGUCAUCGCAGGAAGACUUCAUUGAGCGGCGAGUCCUUCGGUCUAAGUAUCUUGCGUUAUAUAAUAAGAUCAAUGAUGAGAGAGAUGAUUUAACGAGAGUCGAUUCAAAGAACUUUGCUAGCAUAAUUAAGGAAGUCGACAAUUUGCACCAGCAUGUGCUCAAGCCAAGAGAGCAAGUUGCAGAUGCAGAGGCCUUGUUGGGCAUAACUAACUCAUUGGUGACCUCUGUUAAGUCCCAGUCCAAUGAAGGGAUAACUGCUGCAGAUUUUGUUUCUGGUUUGCUCACAGAGUUUGGCCAAUCUAAUAGGACAUUGGACAAUGAAGGGAAUAUCUCUAGUUCCAUCAAGUGGAAAGAGAUUGGGGUUGUUGUUUCAUCCAUUUUUAUGAAAUGUAAUGGGUUCACCACAAUGGUUGGACCAAUGAAUACUGAGUUGAAACAGAGGAGAGCUGUGGUUCAUAGAAGUGAUAGAAGGUGUGCAAAACCAACUGAAAAAGCUCGGCCUCAAGAGGUUGAUGAUACUAGGGCAGAAGAGAAAACAGAUACUGAUAAUAACAUGUCAACAAUGUUUGAGAUCUUAAGGAGGAAGAAAAGGGUUAGACUUGAAAAUUUGAUCUUGAAUAGAAGGUCUUUUGCACAGACUGUGGAGAACUUGUUUGCACUUUCAUUCUUAGUUAAAGAUGGGCGGGUUGAAAUAACAGUGGAUAAAAGCGGUUCGCACUUUGUUUCACCUAGGAAUGCUCCUGCUGCUGAUUCUGUAAUGUCACGGGAGGUUGAAUAUAGGCAUUUUGUUUUCAGAUUUGACUUCAAGGAUUGGAAGCAAAUGAGGGAUGUGGUUUCGGAAGGUGAUGAGCUAAUGCCUGACCGAAAGAGUUCUGCUAUUUCUGAGUCAGACCCAUCAGUUGACGUUAACCAAGGAACAGUAGUCAGGACGCCAAUCAGGAAAUUGUCUAGGAACCGUGGCCUUGUCGUACAUGAAGAUUCAGUUGUUGAAGACUCUCCUGUUGAAGCUACACAAGGUGGCAUUGGCUCCCUUAGAUGUAAGCGUAAGCUCGUUUGAUUCGAGCUUAGUGUAUCAGGCAUCAGCUAUUUUGUAUUGUACAUGAUAAAUUCGGGGGGAUUUUGCAUAAAUAGAUGUUCCUGUGAAUUCUUUCAAUUUUGGGCACUUGCAAUUUGGUGUGUGCAUAACUUAAAUAUGCUCCAUAGGAUAUGCAAUGCAAGGAUGUUUUGUUGCAUUUCAUAGCCUUGAUUGGAGAUUGAAGACGGAUCAAGGACUUGUACAAACUCAAGAAUUGAAAGUUACUGAUUUUGCUGAUUAAUUUCAAAUUUACCACUGAGUGGAUCUGUUCAAAUAAAA